CCAUUGGUCAGCUGACUCUGGCCAAUGCGGAAGAGCCUCGGACUUACAGUUGUGGGAGCAAAACAAAAAAACAUGGCGCCCAAAACGCCCAACAGUAACUGGCUGUCUGGGGUUAAUGUGGUGCUGGUAAUGGCUUAUGGCAGUCUGGUGAGUGACCUGGGGGGCUGACCCUCUGUGGGGUGUGUGAUGGGUCUUUGUAGGGACAGUAAUGGGGUUCAGUAUUGACAGUGGGCUGCAUGGCACUGAGUUAUUAAUUAAAGGGACACUAUAGUCACCUGAACAACUUGAGCUUAAUGAAGCAGUUUUGGUGUAUAGAACAUGGCCCUGCAGCCUCACUGCUCAAUCCUCUGCCAUUUAGGAGUUAAAUCCCUUUGUUUAUGAACCCUAGUCACACCUCCCCUGGCUGUGACUGACACAUUGGGGGGGGGGAAAGAAAUUAUCUUAUUUUCAAUCAGAAGUUAACUUACUUGGAAGUUUUAUCUCCUGCUUCGUAAAUUGAGCUUUUAUUACACACAGCAACUAUAUGAACAGAGCAGGAGAUAAGAAAUUCCAAAUUAAACAGAAUGUGUGCAAUAAAGGAAGUUUAAACAUUAGAUCUCACUUUACGGGAAGUGUUUAGGAAGGCUGUGUAAGACACAUGCAGGGAGGUGUGAUUAGGGCUGUGUAAACAAAAUGAUUUAACUCCUAAAUGGCAGAGAAUUGAGCAGUGAGACUGUAGAGGCAUGAUCUAUACACCAUAACCGCUUCAUUAAGCAAAGUUGUUUUGGUAACUAUAGUGUCCUUAUUUAUUUAUUUUUAUUCUUUAUUUAUACCCUGCUCACAAGCAUGAGUGGGUCAAUGUGGUCACAACAAACAAAAUAAACAGACAUUGCAGUACACUCGUGGCAUACAUAGUAUAUUGCGGACUUUGCUUGAGAGUAGGGGUUUUUAUUUUGUGUCUUGGUCUAUGUCGAGUGAUGAUAGAGUCAGGUCAGUGAAGGUCCAUUGUGUAUUUGUGGCUUGUCGUUAAGCCUUUGGGCUACUAUAAUUACUGUUGGGUAGUGAAGUCAUCACUUGAUGUCCCCUCGUCAUGGAUGUAUGUUUAGGUUGCGUCAUAGUUGGUCCCUAAGCUAUGGUCGUGGCUAUAUAAGUAACCUGGCGUAUUUGUAGCGCUAUGUGUAUAUAGUGUCCUUUUAAAGUGAGAAUUCAAACUGAAUUUCAAAUUGAAGGUCAAAAGAGCCAAAAUUGAAAAUUUAUCUAAGUAAUCAGCUAUGCUUUCAGUUCAGCAACUGUGGCCUUAAAUACCCUGUUAUUUUUUUUUUUUUUUUUAAACAAAACGUUUUCUUGGAGGAAUAAAUUGAUUGUUUAUAGUAUAUCCUGGAGUACAUUAAGCACCUAAUUCUUUACCUUUAAACCUAACCAUAUUAAGUUGGUAUUUUUUAUUUGUAAUUAUUUUUUUUUAAAUAGUUUGACAAAAUCUACCCAAAUAUAAAUUUUUAGUGGGAUGGCGUCUUCGUUAAUGACAAUCAUGUAAAAAAAAAAAUACUUCUACAAUGUAAUGCAUGGGCAGCCGAAAGGUCGAUCCCCAGAUGUUGUAGAGCUACACCUCCCAUAAUGCUUUGCAUGCCUUUAGAAUGACAGAGCAUCGUGGAAGCUGUAGUUUAAAAACAUCUAGGGGAUCGACUUUUUUGGCACCCAUGGUUAUUGCAUUGCAUUACAUAGAUAAUGCUUUUAGACAAUAAUUGAAAUCAAAUACUUGCUUUCAAAGAUUCUGAAGCUGCAGAGCUUAGAAAAUCUAAAAGCAGCUGCAGGCAGACCCAAUGCAACCAUUAAUCAGGAGCCUCUCAUUGUGGUCUGAUGGGUUAAAUCUUUUUUCAUAAACACCUCUCCACUAUAGGUUUGUGGUAUUGUGCUGUGUCUCUCGAGACAUAAAAGGGGUAGAACUGCUUCGUAAACUGAUAACAAUGAAACUUAAACUGAUGUACGGUAACACACAGCUGAGUACUGUUUAGUGAACAGGCUGUGUAUAAAGUCUAGCAGAGCCAAAAGACCAGCAGUUCAGCUCUCCAUAGAGGAGAGGAGGCUUAGUCCAUGUUGUGUCUGCAGGGUACCAGGCUGUCUGUACCAAUAAGUUAGUUGAUCAGCAAAGCUAACGUGGCACUACUUUAUCUCUCCAGGGAAGAAUGAGAGACCAGUCUGAGCAUUCCAGCUGCCUGAAUGACAGAUUUACUCCAGUUCUAAAACCAUCUAAGAACUGAGAGUGGAUGCAGGAUACUUUCUGCACCAUAAAUGUUGCAAGAAUGCCAAACUGUUAUGAUGCUUAGUGUGACACUUUUUUAUAAGGUUUUGUUAGCCGUGUGAGAGCAUCAGAUUAAAAGCACAACCAUCAUUUUUUAAUAUUUAAUCAAAGUAUCACAGAAUAAAAGAACGUAGAACAGAAAAUGGAUUCAGUGCAGGUUAUUGUGUUAAAAAAGUCGCAUAACAACAUAUUUCUUAUAGUUCACGUUAUCUGAAAUCACAACUCCAUAAGUUCACACUUUCUGUCCUUCUCUCCUAACCUGCAGUGUUGUCCAGUGGCUCAGAAAGGAAAAGAGGUGCAGGAACGUCUAAGCUCAGCAAGGCAAUUUUUUUGGAACAAAGAUACAGCAACAUUUCAACCCUAAAUUGGGUUUUUGCCCAAUCGACUCACUGUAGGGUCGAAACGUCGCUGUAACCUUGUUUCAAUAAAUUUGCCUUGUUGAGCUUAGGAGUGCCUGCAGCUCUCUUGUUGUCUUGGAUCUAACCUUGUGGGGAUUGUGCUAGCCCCUGGUCUAUCCACUCAAUUCUAGCUGAAUUGAUUAAGUGCUGUUCAUUUACACCUGGUUGGUAAACAUAUGCACAGUUGUACAUCUGAACAGGAAACACAGCAAAGGGUUUCCACGUGUUGUAGUUUAGUAGGCAAUUUAGUAAAAAGUCUCAGAAACCCCUGCUCUGGCAAAAAUGAUCCUGAGCUUCCUAGUAUGUUACCAUGCCCUUUCCUCCUACACUCUGUACAGAGGGUCAGACAAUGAAUUUAGGAUUGACAUCUUUGUAGAUAAAAGAAGCAGAUAUAAGUUAACCAUUGCAGUGAUUAAGUUAACAUACUUUGCAAGUUUAGACUCUGUAGACAUUAUUUUGCAUAUACUCUUUAAUACAUUAUCAGUAUUGUGCACUACAAAAAAAUUGGAGCGGUUUCCAGAUUAGAGUGCUUUUUUUUUUUUAAAAGAGGACUCCACUCUCCAGUAAACAUUAUUGAAGUUUCAGUUUGCUGGGGUGAGGAAUGUAACAGCAGUAACAUUAAAAUACUCUUGCCUCCACGGGACUUUGUUUUUUUCCUAGAACACUGAGUGUUCAUGUGUGUGCACAUUCCAUUGUGAUAUAUAUCAUAUAGUUAUUUUAACCUUUAGCUGGUGUGGUAAGAUAGGUUGGCAUAAUGGAGAGAAAAAAAAAAAACACAACCCGAAACUGCCAUUUAAAUCAAACCUUAUGUGCACAAUCCCAUAUUAAAGGAACACUAUAGUGUCAGGAAUACAAAUGUUUUCCUGAUGUGGAUUUUAUGUGACGGGCCCCAACGCUGCGCCUGUCUCUCCUGGCUCUUCCUACAUGGGUAAGAUCAUCAAUCUUGAUGAUCUCAGCCAAUCCAAUGUUUUCCAAUAGGAAAGCAUUGGGAGGCUAUUGUGCAUGCGGGACAAAACGCAUCGCUGCGACAAUCAGCAUCUCCUCAUAGAGGUGCAUUGAAUCAGUGCAUCUCUAUUGGGAACUUUGGGUGCUUCAAUGCAGUGCAUGGAGAAGCUGAAUGGCAGUGCUGCACACUGUACAGUACUGGACUUGGAAGCACCUCUAGUAGCCAUCUAAAUGAAUGUAAUGUAAACACUGCCUUUUCUCUGGAAGACACCAGAACUACAUUAAGCUGUAGUGGUUCUUGUGACUAUGGUGUCCCUCUGAAGUUUAGCUUAUUGGAGUUGUUAUGGGGGCAGGAGUGUUUGGGUGCCAUAUUAUCUUGAGUGGUUAAAAUAUUUCCAUUGGUUUAACCAUGAAGUUGACUCCCCCCUCCCCCCCCCUCCAGCACCUGACACCCCUGCCUCCUCACUUACGUCCUCCUGGAUGCUAUAGUCUGAGGAACGUUUGUUGGGCCGCAAGGGAGAACAAGAACAGGAGAACUCUCCUUCAAGCAAUCUUCCUGCUCUCCAGCACAGUAACCAUAGGGCAUGCUCUGUGGAUGCUUUUGUCACUCAGUAGAAAGUGCUAGCGAGAACUGCUGGAUUCUAGCAGAGCAGGUAAGACACAGGAGAUGGGUGACACAGCAGUGGAUAUGGUGGAGCUGGACCAAAGGCAGGAUAUAUUAGUAUAUACCAAUUUUACAUAGAAUGUGCCGUUUAUUUGUAUGAUUACUGAUAGAUAUUUAAUGUCUCCAGGGGCAAUUUUAGUUAAAAUGAAUCUUGUCGUGACAUAUUCACUGUAAGAUACUACCUGUUACAGGGUUUUUGAUAUCUUCCUCAAAGAGCUUCAUGUUUGUUGAACUAUAAAUUACAUAGGUAAUAUGGAUUGGGUGACCUGAUUUCUCCAGAAACUUUGCUCCUGAAUUCCACACCUCUACAUUUAGAAUGCCUCUCUCUGGUUUGUUUUAGGUCUUUGUGCUGCUGUUCAUUUUUGUGAAGAGGCAAAUCAUGCGCUUUGCUAUGAAAUCUCGCAGAGGGCCUCAUGUACCAGUAGGACACAAUGCUCCAAAGGUAAUCCUACAGCUUGUGGCAGUAGAUCUGCUACUCACAUAUUCAUGUUUUUAAACAAAUUUUAUUUUCUUUCUACUAGGAUUUGAAAGAGGAGAUUGAUAUCCGACUCUCUAAAGUGCAGGACAUUAGGUUCGAGCCCCGGCUUCUAGCAGAGGGUGAUGAUCGAAUGCUUCAGCUGGAUAAACCGGAACAAGAAGGUAAUAAACAAUGCAAUUUCUUAUACCCAACCUCUUCAUAUAGUAAAAACCAAAGAAAAACACGUUACCAGCGCUCUCUCCUUAAUACCUAUGUAUUUUUAAACAAAUUGAGGUAAUUUCUCAAUGGCCAUGAGAGGGCAAGCCCACCUGCCAACGUCAAGGCAGACCCCCCUAGGUGGGUCCUAACUCUAACCAUUUACCUUGCUUCCUUGAGCUUCUGGCAAAGACAUCUCUAAUGAGGUGAAUGGUUAGAGUUAGGACCCACCUAGGGGGGUCUGCCUUGAUGUUGGCAGGUGGGCUUACCCUCUCAUGGCCAUUGGAGGUAACUAAAAACCUCAAUUUGUUUAAAAAUACAUAGGGAUUAAGGAGAGAGCACAUGUAACUUGUUUUUCUUUGGUUUUUACUAUAUAUUGGGGCUGAUGUGUUCUGCAUUCAUUGCUGCCGCCCAGUAGUGAUGGGAGUGAGCACAGGACUUAUCUUUUUGCAUUUGCAACCUCUUCAUAUGUCACAAUUAGCUGGAAAGGCAUUACAUUUAAUCUGUACGUUGUGCUGGCAAAUGUGUAAAGUUUGAGGUCCCUCACCUGUCAAUAAUUUCCCAGCAAAAUAUUCAAUCAAGGAGCACACCAAAAAUAUUGAAAAACUUUUAUUAGAUGGGUACAAAAAAAAUCAAUAUUUCAAAAAUACAUAUCAAAGAGAUACAAAGCACAAUUUAUAUACUGAAAAUGUACAGUGAAUAAUCAGAAGUUAUAUAAUAAUUUCCAAACAGAAUGUAUAGCAAAUGAAUACUAGGCUACCAAUGUGAAUAUAAAUUCAUAGAGAUAUCCAAUCUUAAUAACCCAUCGUAAACAAAAUAAUAUAAAGAACAAUCUAAGCAUACCAGAACAAGUGAGAGGAGGGAAGAAAAGUCAAUCAGCAAGCCCCAAUGUUUCGGCAAAAAUCUGCCUUUAAUCCCAGCAUACAGGACUAUGUAAUUGGUAUAUCUUAAAUGCAAAUAGCAGGAGAACCAUCCUGCAGGCAGGUAUCCUGCUCCCCUUCACAGCAACUACCUUGCUUGCAUGGUAGUUACUGUGAUUAUUCCCUUGCAGAGUAUUUCUUGCACCAGACCAGAGUAAUACAGGAACAGAGUUCGGACACAUCUUUGAAGUCUGCUAAGUCAUGGCCAAUCUUCUCCCAGGGAGUGGACAUAAAUAAUACAUAGCGUAUCACUCACAAACCUGGACUCCCUGUGUUACUGGAGAAAGGUUAAACUUAUAUUUAUCUCUCAAUUGAAUAAAUCUACAUUUAUAAAUGAUGUUUAUUGAUUGAGCAGAUGUUAAAGCUUGCACCUAUACUUUAAUGCAUGGAAACCAAGUCAGCUGCUUUUUAGUAAGGUUAUGUUGGACUGCAUUCUUUAAGUAUUAAAAUGUACGGAAAGGUAGAACUGUGCAUUAAUAAAUUCUAUAAAAUACAGUCAGAAAUUAUGUUCUUAUUUAAGAUCUGUAUUGCAGCUUGUGCUAUCAGUGGACAAAGUGUGUUUUUUUUGCAGGUUCACCAAGGUAAUGUUCACAGUGAAUCUGGCAGAAUUCUAUUGCUUGAUAAAUACACUAUUCAACUGCAUUUACAUUUUUGAUAAUAUGCUGGCACCAAAUAAUAUGCAAUCAUUUAGUGUAGAUCUCUGUAUUUCUAAAGGCUUCAGUGACAUUUCAACUGGAAUCACACAGGGAAUUCAUGUAUCUGUGCAUUUUUAUUGCCAAAAAAAUUAAUACUCCUACGCUCCUCUAUCUAACUAAAUCUCACUUUUUUUUUUCUUAUGUCUUCCAGGCUGUUACAAUUAUCUAUAUAGAAUGAAGACCCUGGAUUCCAUCAAAGAUUCAGGUGUUAAAUAAGUUCCAUUAUAUCUUAAGACUUAGAAAACAGAAAAAAAAUGGUCAGUGCUUUCCAUUUCUUUGCAUUAUUGUUAAAUCGGGAUACUGCAACUUAAAUAAAUUGCUUACAUUUGUGGUAGCAUAUAACUUGUGUGUGUAAUGUGUUGCCUGGAAAUGUCUUCAAGGUCAUAGCCAAUAAUUUUAAAGGAUCACCUACUGUAGUGUUGCCAGGAGUGCCCUGGUGCCCUUGCAGAGUAAGUAGUCACGUCAUUUAGGACCAUUUGACAACUUGCCUGGAUCCUGUUGCUGCUUUCUCAGCUAUCAGAUGCUCCUUCAAAAAGUUUCUAUGAACUCCACCGAACCAAGACUUGCCAUGCAAGGCCGGGGGAAUUGGCUGAGAGCAUCAGCUGAGAAAUUAGUAAUUUAGUGUGACCCUGCACAGCCAAGCUUAGCUCAGUGAUGGGAACUUCCAGCAGAAAAUUGUAAGCCAUCAACAUCUGAGAGCCAGAGCAUGAGAUCCUUGCUUAAAAACCUCUUGUAGUGUAAGUGUCGUAUUUUAGUGUUAAUAUGAUGUAAUGGUGUACUGAAUUGUUCUGUGUAUAUUUUAAAUUUUUUUUGCAGACAUCCCUUUCCAGGAUAAUGGGAAGCAUCCAAGAACUUUGGUGGGGAAAAACUUUCGCUCAUAUUUGCUGGAAUUAAGAAACUCUAGUUCACCAUUCAAAGGGAUUCGCAAGACUUUAUUGGAUGCCCUUCUGGAUGGCUAUGAGAGUGCCCGUUAUGGAACUGGGGUAAACAGUUUUUUAAAUUUAUUUUUAUAAACUGUUUUGUGAAUGGUGGUGACCGUAGGUGUGAGAACAUUGCUGUUGGUUUCUGUAAAAGGCUGCAUCGGGAAUGCCUUACUGUAUCAGCUCUGAUGAAAUGGAUCAUGUUAGUUGCAACGCUUUCCCUAUAGGCUGAGAUCAUCUGUAAUGAUAAUCUCCGCUAGGGGAAGCGCAGUGAGUGAUCGCCUGUAGACCACUCUGUUAGAAAUACAUGUUUAUAUUCCUGACGUUAAAGUGUUUAUUUAAAUAUUAGUUUUCAUUGUAUUUAUUUUGCUGUGUAGUGAAUAAACCCUGCAGGACUGUAGAGAAGUCAAAAUUAUCCAUCCAGAACAUGUUUCCCAUUUAGGAAUUCUGGCCUAAAAUUUGUCUUUCAGUUUUGAAGGUAUCAGGAGACGGAGAAAAACAGCUCUAAGCCCAGGGGGUUUUGAAGCAACACUAUAGGAUCAGGAACACAAACAUGUAUUCCUGCCCUAUAGUCUUUAAACCACUAUUUAGCUGGCUUGCCCUCCCGCUGCCCCUAUAUAAUAAUAAAUUAACUUGUUUCCAGCAUUGCGUGGGCCCUGAUCAGCCUUCUUGCUGACAUCAUCAGAAUGUAUGAUUUCAGCCAAUCCAAUGCUUUCCCAUACAUUGUAUUGGCUGAAAUCAGCAAGGAGGCGGGAUGGGGCCAUGGCCAAACAUCAGCUUUGCCAGUCAGAACCUCCUCAUAGAGAUACAUUGAAUCAAUGAUUAUCUAUGAGGAAAGUUUAGUGUCUCCAUGCAGAGGGUGGAGACACUGCCCCAGGGAAGCACCUCCAGUCGCCACUGGAGGUGUUUCUAGAAGGCAAUGUAAGCAGUGCAUUUUCUCUGAGAAAACAGUGUUUACAUAAAAAUGCCUGCAGGGAAUGAUUAUACUCCCCAGAACAACUAGAUUGAGCUGUAAUUGUUCUGGUGACCAUAGUGUUCCUUUAAGCAAUUCCCACUUUGGCGUAUAAACUCCACCGGCUUUCCAAAUUUAGGUUUUUUUUUUGUGUUUUUUUUUUUUUAUCACUAAACUGCAAAUUCUUGAGUGUUGCAAAUUUUAGCUGAAUUUGGAAAAAAAAAUCUUCAUUGUCUACUGAUCCCAGCUAUGCUAUUUCUUGGUGCAUUGUCGUCAAAUUCAGGUGUACAGUGUUAUAACUUAUCCAAAUCCACAAUUCUCACCAGCUUGGCUUUUAGCCUACAUUUUGCCAUUUGGAUUUUAAUUUGAUAAACUUUGGCAUUUAGUGAAUAACCAAGUGUCUCUGCAGCUGUGCAUGCAACUAGGUAUAUGUAAGCAUGUGAAAGAAAAAAGUGAAUUUAGUGGAUCGUACUACCACCAAAAGAUCACUCAGUGGAGCGCUAAAUAUCAAAUUCUUACCCCUAUUGGAAUAACGUAUAUAUCACUUUAAGGGGCAGACAGCAUAAUAAAAUCUACAACAAGAAAAUACACAUCAUGGUGCAGUAUGCUUGUAAGGUGUGAAUGGAGUGGAAGAAGAUGUAUGUCCAACUCACAUUUUCGGAACUCCAAGGAAGACCACCCCAGAGACUUUUACUUUUUGGUAUCUGUAUAUACAGUUUUACUUUGCUUAAUUGUUUUUUUUUUUUUAAUAAAUUGUUACUUUUACCUUAUACAUCUGGUAGUGGAUCUUCAACUGCUUCCUGCAUUUUCUAAAGAAGGGUAGUGCCUCCCUUAAAGGCACCACACGCUUAUACAUAGAGCCUAGUACAAUUGGCUCUAUUCCAGGUGAGCACAUUCAUGCACUGUUAUAUGUGACCACUUGUUUAUUUUAAACAUACUUGCACCAGGAUUUUUGUCCUUUUUUAUCCACAUAUGUUGUGAGCUGUAUAUCUGGAGAAGGUCUGGUAUUACCAAACAUACCUCAGCUGUUGUGAUUUGAGCCAAUCUCCAGGCUCUUUACCAUGUGAGUUGGACAUACAUCUUCUUCCACUCCAUUCACACCUUACAAGCAUACUGCACCAUGAUGUGUAUUUUCUUGUUGUAGAUUUUAUUAUGCUGUCUGCCCCUUAAAGUGAUAUAUACGUUAUUCCAAUAGGGGUAAGAAUUUGAUAUUUAGCGCUCCACUGAGUGAUCUUUUGGUGGUAGUACGAUCCACUAAGUUCACUUUUUUCUUUCACAUUGUGUUUGUGUAGGAUUGGGAUACCUGCAUGCGUGUUUGAGCUGCUGUUCCAUUUAUAUAUUAUUGUUAAGCGCCUAAUUGCACAGAGCACCUUUUUCUUGUACUAUAUGUAAGCAUGUAUUAUUACUAUUUUUUUUAAAUAUAAUUCUUUUCUUGUCUUUAAGGUAUAUGGAAAAACAGACCAUGACAAAUUUAUGGAUUCUCUGAGAGAGCUGGCUGCAGUGUAAGUUUAAUCAUUUUCUGAAAUAUGUUUUUUAGUAUAAACACAUCAUGAUUAUAGUUAGGAAUGCAUUGUGUUAUAUGCAUACAAUAUCUGUUGUUCUUCAUACUUUUUUCUUUUUUCUCUCUCAUCAUAUUCAGUGUCAAAGCCAGAGGAGCAGAAAGUCAGAGGCAGCGGCAGUCUGCAGCUAAAGACUUAAUGGCAGCACCAGACACCUCCGAAACACCCACCAUCCAAGUGACCUACCUACCCUCUAACCAGAAGAGUAAACGGCCCAAACACUUCUUGGAGUUGAAGAGUUUUAAAGACAAUUACAAUACUCUUGAAAGUACCCUGUGAUCAGAGAUCUCAGGGCAAAAAUUCUGGUUAUGAAUCACCAGCACCCAAACACUCAUCAGGGCCUUAGGACUUUGUGAGCUUUAGACCCAGUCCAGUCUGAAUGAUUUCUCCAAUUCCUGGCGGUCCUCUGUGACCAGAGUGACUGUAAUUUGACCGUGCCUAUCCAGGAGACAUGGGGAGAGUAAAACAGUCCGACUUAGGCUACCGAGAUAGAUGGCCAUCGCAAGCUGCAUAUUCCGACACAUUUAUUAGGUGCACCUAUCCAGGAGCAGGUAUUAUUCCCUUUCACAUGGCAUGAAUUCACCAAAGUGCAGGAAAUAUUAUUUAGAGAUUUGGUAACUGCUUUUUAAAUGAGAAUCUCCUGCUGCAUCUAAUCCUAACACAGCUCUUCAGAAUUAUGGGACCAUACAAGCGAUUCAAAUAUGGUGAAAGAGCCUCCAUGUUUGUGGAAUUGAUGCAUGCUUUGCGGCUUAAUUCAUUAUCCUUAUCGGAAUAUCCAUUUGGGAAACUUUAGCUAUAAAGGAUUGCACAUGUUCAUUUGGUAUCGGUGUAAUGUUAUGCGUGCCAAUACAAUAUUCCCUCUUGCAUCACCACCAGCCUACAUCAUUGACUUAUGGUAGGAUUGACCCAUGGUUUCAUGCAGGUUUUGACAAACUGCCAUCUCUACAUCCCAGUGAAAAUUGUUAGACCAAUUUGUGUUUUCUAGUAUUGAUUCGACGAGGUUUGUAAAUCCAGUUCCCAGUGUGUGCUCAUUUUCCUGUUUUUGCUAGGAAGGGAGCCUAGAGAAGACAUCUGCUUCCAUAACCCUUCCAUGUCAAGGUUCAUCACAUUGUGGCUCCAGUUAGCCUUUUGCAAAUGACUGUUUUAAAGAGUUGUUGUUCAGUCUACGUGGCCUUUUUGUCAGCUGGAUGUGUCUGGCCAUUCACCUCUGACUUCACUUGUAUAACAGGUGUUUUCACCUAUAAAACUACAGCCCAUUGGAUAUUCUACCAUAUCAUUCCCCAUAGACUGUGUAAACAGAAGUACCCCAGUCCACUGUUUCCGUAACGCUGGAAUUAUCAAAGCCUGGCACCAUUAUACCACCAUCAAACUGGUUAAGAUCAAGCGGCUUCCCUAUUAUAUGUGGUAAAAUAGCAUCUCAAUGUCUUGGUCAUAUAAGCAUGUUCUUUACCCGUUGUGUUGCAGUCACAUGAUUUGCUGUCUUCGCUACUUCCACUUAUCACCCAGCUGUACCUAAUAGAGCAGCCACUGAGUGUAUGUCAAAAGAACUUACUUCUGUGCAACAAUUGUUACAUCCCCUGUAAACGCACAUGGUCAGGAGUAAAACAGUGGACACAAUACAAUCUGUGACAAAUAUGACUAAUGGUAUAUACAGCUCCACAAAGAGCUAAACACAUGCUUACUUUUGUUUACAAUUUCUUAUUUUUUUGUGUGAUGGCUGAAAGGUUCCAUUUAGAGAAUGUUUAGUUUUUGAGAGCAUAUAAACACUCCGGUCACUGUAACCCUUUUUAUAUGAAUUAUAUGGUGCCUGAAGGCUCCCGGGUGUGUUCUUAUCUUAAGGGGUUAAACCACCAUCAGAUAACUGAUUAACUUCAGUGCCGAUCUGGAGGUCCCUGAGGCGGCACCCGGCUUCAGAAUCUCAGUUACAGAAAGCACAGACUGCUGUCAGGCAGGGGUGCCACUAUUUGGCUUUGGGUGGUAAGCUGGUGCUCUAAGCCAAUUAGUGGCACCCUGCACGGUGGCACUCCGUGUUUCCUGUAAUUGAGAUUCUGAUGCAGGAUGUCACCUGGGGAACCUCCAAAUUUGAGCAGGGGGCAAACGUUUGGGUUAAACCAUUCGAAAACGGUUUAACACCUCAAGGUAAGAGUGCACAAGGGGGCCUGCUGGCACUAAAACAAGUUCAUUAUAGAAUUCACCAUAAAAACUUCAUUUUAAUUUAGCCUUCUAUUUGUUCUUUUCAGGUGUGAACAUCAAGGCCUUUUCAAACUGCUGUGUUUUGCAUCUGUAAUUGGUGGAGUGUCACUGUAUUUAUUUGUAUAUAUUUUUUUUAAUUACAGUAUUAUUAACAGACAUUAAAUUAAAAGUAAUUUUCCUGUAAAUAAAUGUAUAUCGUACUCUUAAAGCAUUCCCAUUUUUCUGAUAUGGGUUUCACUGGCACUUAAAGGGACACUAUAGUCACCAAAACAACUUUAGCUUAAUGAAGCAGUUUUGGUGUAUAGAUCAUGCCUCUGAACUUUCACUGCUCAAUCCACUACCAUUUAGGAGUUAAAUCACUUGUGUUUCUGUUUAUGCAGCCCUGGCCACACCAGGCCUGGCUGUGGCUGGCACAGCCUGCAUGAAAAUAAAAUGAUUUGAACUUUAAUUACAUACAAUAGGCUCCUGUAAGGUCCAGCAAGCUAUUAACUCUUUGAGCGCGAUCACAUGGCCCCCAGGGGCCUGAUUUGCCAGGGGAGGACUGCCUGGGCUGUCAGACAGUCCUCCCGAAGAGGAUUGCAAUGGAGGUAAGUUUCUUCUGGCUCCUGGGUAGAAGGCUGUAAUGGCGUUCUAUGCCGCCACAAUGGCUUUAAAGCCCAUUAUAAUGGGGACGGCAUCGAACGCCGUAACGGUGUUAAGGGGUUAAACAACAUUUGCAGUAAAGGAAGUAUAAACAUUACAUGACUCUUUACAUGAUGUGUUUUAAGAAGGCUGUGUAAGUCACAUGCAGGGAGGUGUGACUAGGGCUGCAUAAACAAUGUAAUUUAACACCUAAAUGGCAGAGAUGUAAGCAGUGAGACUGCAGGGGCAUGAUCAAUACACCAAAACUGCAUCAUAAAGCUAAAGUUGUUUUGGUGACUAUAGGGUCCCUUUAACUUUUACACUCCCUUAAAAAUGUUUUGAUAUACAAUUGAAUAGGGCUAGGCAAACAUUGUAUAGUUUUCUUAAAGAGUUAUUUGAAGUUAUCACAGUGCCUGAAGUCUGUAUGUGCAGCAUUUUGCUUUAAAACACUGCACAUACAGAGAUUAACCCUUCUGAUGCUGGAGGUGUUACCCCAUCUCCAAAUGCGACAUUAGAGUUCCAUCAGCCAGCCCUGUACCAGAGUUCUGUGCGGGCUAAUGUCACUUCUGUGUAACCCUCAUUGCACAAAAUAUCAGUCAUUAGUUGAGAUCAGUCAUCUGACACUUUUAAUUGCACCAGCUUCUGCAGUGCAUGUCACCAGACCACCAGAGAGUAUCAGAGUCCAACAGGGACCCAGUAAACCAUUUUCCCCAAUAGUGGGGAACCCAGCCAGGGUACUACUAGCAUAAUAACCUCUACACCCUUUAACAAAACAAAAAACACUACUCUCUUUUAUAGAUGAGGUGCAAGCUUAUAUCUGCCACCAAGGUUCUAUGAUCUACUGAGAGGUCUACAUAACACAUCACUGAUAUUGCUAUAAAAUAAUCUAGAUUCUCGCCACAUUGGUAUGGAGAUCGAGAUACAACCUAUAACAUACUGCCAAUAAAUAAUUGUAUUUUGGAAUUAUAGGAAUCCUCAUGGUGUGCAGAUUUGGCACUGAUUCUGAGUAACACUUUUUUGUACUCUCACUGUGCACAUUCAAUAAUCCUAUGCUUUGUCGCCUGUCGUCAUUCUUUGGAAGACUGAAGAGUGUGCAGCCAGCCCUUCCACAAGUAGCUUCAUUCAUAUUCAUUACUAUCAGGAGCAUAGCUUUAUUUUGAGGCUCUCUCAAAUGGGCUGAAAUCACAUUCCAUAUUUUGAAGGGAAAAUAAAUAUAUAUUCCCCCUCCCCACCCCCCCUUAACCCGGUUGCAGAAAACCAAAUAGACUAUUUCAGGGCUGACCAAAAGGUAGAACCCCAGAUGUAGUACUACAACUCCCAUGAUGCUUUGCGUGCCAUUAGAAUGACAAUGCAUGAUGGGACUUUUAGUGCUACGACGUCUGAGGACCCCUGGUCUAUACUAACAUGAAUAAAAAAUAUCUAUACAAGCUAUAAAAAGAUGAUGAUUAUUUCUACUGUAGGUGCCGUGAAAAACUUGUGCAUUCAGUACUGAGCAGAUUGAUGCUGCUACUCUAGGUGGUUGACUCACCUCCUUUAAAGAUUUAGCAGGUAGACAAUGUAUUUCACCUUCAAUCUGCUUUUAGUAGCGAGUACAUAGAAUCCAACUGGAAUGCAAAGCAGCGUGUAACUUUAAAAGUGCAUAACUACUUUCUCUAAAUAUUCAAUGCUUAUUUAAAUGAUCUUGAUAAAUGUUUGCUGGUUUUCCUUUUUUUAAUCACCAAAAAAUGGAAAGUUUUGCACUUUAAGAUUUUAAAUUUUUCUUAUUUUUGUUGUUGUUGUUGUUACAGACCUCGGUCUACCUCUGUGGCACUCAUUAUACUGUGCUGUUUAGAACAUGUCUUUUACUCUCUUCACCAAAACUAUUUUUUAAACUUCUUACCCUUUCCAAAUAUGCAGGAUGUAUGUUAACAGCACUGAGCCAAGGAUUAUAUAAUAUUCAGAAUCACAGACUCUCCCUACGAUUUUGGGAGGUAUGUUGGCAUAAAAUGCUUAUUAAAUAAUUUCUAAAGGCAUCGGGGCCACACCUAAAAUGAAGGUGAACUGUUACAAUUCUGUACUUUUUCCUACCCAUUUCAUUGCACAGUGUAUAUAUGUAUGUAAUCUAAUUUGCUGUUUCAUAUAAGUGCCAAUUAAAUGUACAUACAAUGUUUAACACAGUUAGAACUUUCUGUUUAGAUUGCUUUGCAUUUCUUACUUCUUAAGCCAUGUUCAAUAAAGCUGUAUUUAGUGUUCUUUUAUUGUGCACAUAGCUCUGAGUGCGUUUUAUUCACCAACAACAUGGGUAUUGUGGAAAACACUUUACUCUGUAAAUAUAUGGGGUCUAUUCUCUCCCUCCCCUCCACUCCCUGGAUACUAGCUCAGCGUACACCUAAG